UUCACUUAAUAUUCACGAUACCUUCAUAAAGACCUGUUUGGAAGUUAAAACUAAAAUUGAUGACAUGGGUGACAACAAAAUCACAGAUUUCGGGCAUAACGAUAUGUUUAUUAAAAGCGAAAAUGAUGUAAUAGAAUUAGGAGAUGAAGAGAGGAUGGAAGGUUUGGUUAAAAUCGAACUAGAGACAGAAGAAAUGCAGAUAGAAACUGUUGAAAUUGACAUAAAAAGUGAAGAAAACGACUGGAGAAGUGGCAAUGGAAUAAUUGCAACUAAAGUGAGGCGCAAAGAGGAAGAUGUGGGACAAAUAAAGAAUGAGUAUAUACAUAUGUCUGAGACAGCAGAAAUUCAAAUAAACAAACGUAAAACUGCUUUAGACAUACCAUCAUAUAAUAGCGAAUACAAAACUGAGUUCAACAGUAGUGUAAAAGCUGGUCAGGAAUUCAUAUAUUAUAAGAAAAGUUUCAUGUGCCAGUUAAUAAACGAAGACCGAAUGUACAGAUGCAAAAUGUGUGAUUAUGAAAGUACAGUUAAGGGACGUCUAAACGUACAUCAGUUGAGGCACAAAAACCCUUUAGAAAUCCAAAUGUACAAGUGUGAUGCUUGUGGUUAUGAAACUAAAUACAAGACAGAUCUAAAACGGCAUCAGUUAUCACACAAAGACCCUUCCGAAAUACAAAUGUGGAAGUGUGAUAAGUGUAAAUAUGAAACUAAAUAUAAACAGAAUAUCAAAAAGCAUCAAUUAAGACAUAAGAAUUCCUCAGAAAUUCAACUGUACAAAUGUGAUACUUGUUUUUAUGAAACUAAAUAUAAGAGCCGUCUAAAAGACCAUCAAUUAUUGCAUAAAGACUCGUCCGAAAUCCAAAUGUAUAAAUGUGAUGUGUGUGAUUAUGAAACUAAAUAUAAGAAUCAUCUAAAAAGGCAUCAGUUGUUGCACAAGACCCCUUCAGACAUUCAAACGUACAAGUGCGAUAGGUGUAGUUAUGAAACUGAAUAUAAGAAUAAUCUAAAAACACAUCAGUUAAUGCACAAACACCCGUCAGAAAUCCAAAUGUACAAGUGUGAUAUGUGUGAUUAUGGAACUAAAUAUAAGAACCAUCUAAAAAGGCAUAAGUUAUUGCACAAUCCUUCAGAAAUUCAAAUGUACAAAUGUGAUACAUGUAGUUUUGAAACUAAAUACGAGAGGCAUCUUAAAUCACAUCAGCUGACACACGAAUAUUCCUCAGAAAUUCAAGUGUACAAAUGUGAUGCUUGUACAUAUGAAACCACAUCUAUGAAAUGUCUAAAAAAUCAUCAAUUAACCCACAAAGACCCUUCGGAAAUACAAAUGUACAAAUGUGAUAUAUGUAAAUUUGAAACCAAGUAUAAGCACAAUAUGAAAAAACAUCAAUUAAUACAUAACAUUCCCACAGCAUAAAAGUAGCAACAUUGCACUGACAAUAAACGUCCUGUGUAUCUGCCGAUACAUAAAUCAGAUGAUGAAGUAUUCAAAUAUAACAAAUGUGUUUUUGAAACCACAUCUUGAAACGUCCAGUUAGGCAUCAGUUAAUACACAAAGUAGUAUAGUCUGCAAGCAAUUAUAAGCAAUUUAAGUUAUCAACCAACAAAUUAGUUCAGGUUUGUUACUUGACUUGUUAUAUUAAUUUAUUUCUGUUUUAAGAAGGGAAAAAUGGAUUAUUUUAAUCAUCCAUUUUGAAAAAUAUUGUAAAUCAUAUUUCAUCAGAGAGAGAAAUGUAAAACAAGCAUUUUCAAAAUAAUUUUAAAUUAUUCCCGCUAAGCAUGAAAACAUCUCAUCAUU